CAUGACUCAUCAGUUUAUCACAUAUAUAAGUUGAUGAUUAACUUCAUUUUCGAGCUCCAAAUAAGUCGGUGGUUGUUGCAUUUUUCUUCUCAGUUUUGUUCAUCUUGCUUAGUUCAGGAAUUAUUAGCAUUACCGACUGAUGCUUGUUAUGAUCAAACUGUUUGCGGCAGGUGUGAUAAUGUUGGUAGUUCACCCAAACUAUCUUCAAAGUAUUGCAGCAACUGUGAUUUCAUGAAGCAUUUGACCUUUACAUAAGAACUAUGCAACUCUGAGUUCAGUCAAUGAGCAGCUAUAAACUGAACAGGUGGGAAAAGAAGGAAGAACGCAGAAGAUUAUGAUAUGCUACUUCAACAACAACAACAAACCCAGUGUAUUCCCACAAAGUGGGGUCUGGGGAGGAUAAGAUGUAUGCAGUCCAUACCGCUACCUCCGAAGAAGUAGAGAGGUUGUUUCCCCACUUCAAUAUGCAAUUUUUGGGUAAUCUGGACACAGAAAUAUGGGAUGUCUUAAGUGCAUAAAAGGACCAGUAUAUAGCUUGAAAGACAUGUUUAUUUUUGGUGUUUUGAUGUACAUGCCAAUUUGUAACUACUCUCUCCGUCUCUCCGUCCCAAUUUAUGUAACCUUUUUGAAUAUCAAAAGCUAAAUAAGUUGUUCUUGUUAUAAAACAAGAAAGAAUAAAGAAGAAGAAUAGUAGAGAGUGAAGAGAGUAAUUUUUAUUGUUUCUUGAGGAAUGAGAGAUCGUAAGAUUGUAAAUACAAUAAAUAAAAAAUUUUUAUU